UUUGUGUGAGCUCUGUAUAAUUUGGGUGUGUAGCCUAGCCUGUAGGCGAGUUGGCGGCACCAAAAACAAUGAACUCCAACCCCGCAUACAGUAACAGUAACGGCUACUAUGCACAGCCGCCGCAGCACCAGCGCCAGCACCACCACCACCAAGGAAUGAACAGAGUUCGCCGGGGACCACGUGGCAGGUCACGUGACGGCCAUGGAAGUGACAUUAGGGUUUCUGAGGCUACCAAGCAGCCGGAAGGUGCGCCUUGCACGGACUUCGACAUGGCCUAUUUCCACUCCUACGCCCACGUUGGCAUCCACGAAGAGAUGAUCAAGGAUCGUGUGCGCACUGAAACUUACAGGGCAGCAAUUAUGCAGCACCAGAGUUGUAUUGCUGGCAAAGUGGUAGUGGACGUUGGCUGUGGCACAGGAAUUCUCUCUAUCUUUUGCGCUCAAGCUGGAGCAAAACGUGUAUAUGCUGUCGAUGCAAGUGACAUUGCAGUGCAGGCAAAUGAAGUUGUAAAAGCAAACAAUCUAUCUGAUACCAUCAUCGUACUACAUGGGCGAGUUGAGGAUGUUGAUAUUGAUGAGGAGGUUGAUGUUAUAAUUUCAGAGUGGAUGGGAUACAUGCUUCUGUAUGAGAGUAUGCUUGGAAGUGUCAUUACAGCCAGAGAUCGCUGGCUAAAACCUGGAGGUCUUAUACUUCCUUCAAAUGCAACGUUGUACAUAGCACCUAUCACACAUGCUGAUAGAUACAGUGAAAGCAUUGAUUUCUGGCGCAAUGUUUAUGGAAUUGAUAUGUCUGCCAUGUUGCCUUUGGCAAAGCAAUGUGCGUUUGAAGAGCCAUGUGUUGAGACAAUCGUGGGUGAGAAUGUUUUAACAUGGCCACAUGUGGUUAAGCAUGUGGACUGCCAUAAAAUUUCACUUCAUGAGCUGGAAUCUGUUACAACAAGCUAUAAGUUCAAAUCAAUGAUGCGAGCUCCACUACAUGGGUUUGCAUUUUGGUUUGACGUUGAAUUCAAUGGACGUGCAAUAGCUCUCACAAAUAAUCAUGCACCAUCCCAACUUCCUAACAAUCAUACAGUGGAGGGUCAGCAGAGGAGGAAACGGGCAAAUCCCAGUGAUGCGUUGGUGCUGUCGACUGCACCUGAGGACCCCCCAACGCAUUGGCAACAGACUGUGCUAUACUUUUAUGACCCAAUAGAGGUGGAGCAAGAUCAACUGAUUGAAGGUUCCGUUACAUUAUCACAAAGCAAAGAAAAUCGUCGAUUCAUGAAUAUCCAUCUCGAAUAUGCCUCGGGUGGAAGAUCCUUUGUCAAAGAGUCAGUGAUGAGGUGAUUCUACUAAUUGCUUUCUGUGUGGUUAGUUGAAGAGAAGCAUGGGAAAGUCAUUACAUUGGUUUACUUUUCUCUUUCUUGAAUCCCCCAACUCUCCGCAGACCUUGAUUCUUUACAGAUACUUCUGGGUGUCCUUGCAAUAACUUUUCCUUGCAAAGCCCCGAAGAAAAGGCUACUUAUUAGAGACAUAGGUGAAUUAGCUUUUAGGAAAAAUUUGAUGUUAACUGUGUUUGUGCUUCAAGAAUAUUAAUACAGAUAUAUUUGUUGAGGUUAUGUUACAGUUCAGACACAGAUUUGAGCUGUGACAAAGGGAUCAUGUACUUGUAUCAUUGUCAAGUCUUGUGCGGUUUAGGAAUUGUGUACUGACCAGACAACUAACUAAAAUUUUGUGAGUGACAUCAUCUGUAACAAAUUACAACAAUACACUUUGUUCUACUCUAUUCAUAUUAUUGAUUUUGAUUGACAUGGCCUA